GCGCUGCCCUGUGGCCGUGGAGUCGGUUGUGGGUCUUACUCUGUUCAGUGGUGUGUAGGCACUGGCAGGCGAGCUGCAGUCCAGAGGCCUGGGGUUGGUUCCUGGUUGUGCGGCGCGGGGCUGACGCCUGUGCUGAGGAGAAGCUCGCGCGGACGGGUCCGCGUGGCGGGUGCCCGCCUUCCGGCCGGGCCUGGGCCGUCCUGGGUCUCUGUACCGGGCAUGGAUGAACUCCCAGCCAGGCGGUGCUCCAGCGCCUGCUCACAGGGCUCUUGAGGCAGGUGCCUGCUAGGCGCUGUGUGGGAAGUGGGUUUUAGACAGUGAGAUGAGUGCCUCUGAGGAUGGCGACAUCCCCCAGCUUUCCUCCCAUGCCUUAGCAGCUCUCCAGGAAUUUUAUGCUGAGCAGAUGCAACAAACCAGCCCAGGUGGGGAUGAUAAAUAUAACAUUGGAAUAAUAGAGGAGAACUGGCAGUUGAGCCAGUUUUGGUAUAGUCGGGAAACCGCUUUGUGCCUUGCAAAAGAAGCCGCUGCAGCUGCUGGAGAAUGUGGCAGAAUAGCGUGUGUGAGCGCCCCCAGUGUUUACCAGAACCUGCGAGAGCUGCGAGGGGACUUUUCUGUAUACAUCUUUGAAUACGACAGACGGUUUGCCAUCUACGGAGAGGAGUUUGUCUUCUAUGAUUACAACAAUCCAUUGGAUUUACCUGAGAAAAUUGCUCCACAUAGUUUUGACAUUGUAGUGGCAGACCCCCCCUAUCUUUCUGAGGAAUGUCUCAGAAAAACGUCAGAAACUAUCAAGUUUCUGACUCGGGGCAAGAUCCUGCUGUGCACAGGUGCUGUCAUGGAAGAAGAGGCAGCCAGACUUCUGGGAGUGAAGAUGUGCAAAUUUAUUCCGAAACACAACCGAAACUUGGCAAAUGAAUUUCGCUGUUAUGUGAAUUACGAUUCUGGCCUAGACCGUGAAACCUAGGUGCAGAUAGUAAUAUCACACAGUAAAGGACCCUGGGUGAUAGUCCCUCUUUUUAUUGAUUGAAAAGUUGGAACCUCCUCCCUUCCCUGCAAACUGGGGACUAAUUUGCAAAAUAAAGAAUAUGACCUAUGA